AUGCCCGCUCACUUUCCACCCAACAUCCACUUUCUCGAGGAGGUGACCUCCACGAUGGAUGUGGCCCGCACGAUGAGUGCGACCGCUGAUGGGAAGGCGUUUGCUGUCGUCGCGGCCGAGCAGACAGCUGGUCGUGGCACAGGCAGUCGCACCUGGACCUCGCCGAAGGGGAACCUCUACAUGACUUUUGGUGUACCUCAGCUGGGCCAACCACCAUGCCUCAAGGAGGAGCUGGUGCCUGUGUUGCCGCUCGUCUGCGGUCUUGCGUGCCGCCGCGCUGUGCUGGAGGUGCUUCAUCUGGAUGGGGCGUUGGCCAAGGCGUCGGCUGCUGCGGAUGCGGCCAAGGCCGUGUCGACCAAGUGGCCGAACGACAUUAUCUACAAGCAAAAGAAGAUCGGCGGCACCCUAAUCGAGAACGAUGGGGACUACUUCAUCAUUGGCAUUGGUAUGAACAUCGCCGUGGCACCGCAGAUGACGGACGCUGGCCGCGAGUCAACGAUGAUCAACGCCAUUGCGGAGGAUUUCGGCGUGAAGUCGUGUUCUCCUCAGGACCUCGCGAAGUCGAUCUGGUCCCACUUCUUCGACAUGUGCACCUCGCCAGAGUGGACGCGUGACUCGGUGAUUGAGAGUUUCGACAAGGUGAUGGACAAGUCCCUGAAGCUGCACAAGCGGUUGCCAGGCGGCCGCGAUCCGGAAGAGCUGACGGCUGUUUCGCUGAAUAGCUGGGGCCAUUUGAAGGUUCGCCACGCCGACGGAACGGUGGAGGACUUGUCCGCGGAAUACCUGUUUUGA